GUUUGCCUUUUUUUUUGCAGCACAUUGAUGGAGCCUUUGCAAUGCUAAAUUGCAGAAGAAAUGAGAAUGCUGCUUGGUUCCACAACUACAAGAUUCCAAAGGCGUGCUUCCUACCUAUGGAGUUCUUGCAUUGCUUGCUCUCUGAUGAUUUGGCUUACAAAAAAGAAAAGGUCAAAGGUAAAAAGAUUUUCAACGAUUUAUUUAAAGAUACUGUGAGAGGGAAGGUAUAUCCAGAGAAGACAUGGGGAGAAGAUGUUGAUGUUGUGUAUGGGAUUACUCUUGGAAAAAAAGCAAUGUCUGGAUUGGGAUGGAAAUUCAUUUGAAGAAGAAAAGAAUCACAGUAUAUGAUUGUUUUCAAAAGGAAAGCAACAGCAUUGAUAUUCCUCAAGUGAAAAAGUUGGCAGUGUUGAUUUCUAAUCUGCUGGUGGAAUCUUCUGGUGAUGAGGUAGAUAAGGUGAAGAUGAUUCCAUUUGAGAUUGAGCAGGCACAAGGUUUACCCAAGACAAAACAUCCUUUCAACUGUGGGAUAUUUCUUGUCAAGAUUCUGGAGUGCCAGUCAUUGAAGAUAGGAGACAUGACAAAGAUUAAUGAUGACAAUGCAUUGGAGCUAAGGAGAACCUUGUCUUGUGAGAUCUUCAACCAAUUUGUGGAUGAGAGCUUUGGGAAAUGAGAAUGAUGCAUGAAAACAU